AUGCGAAACAGCAACGGCAUAGGUCGCGGUCAGAAUGAGGAAGAAGUGCUCGUAUGCAGCGCUAUAGGAGGAAUCAUGUAUCGGGCCCAGGCGGAUUCCGAAAGUCGCAGUAUCUCCAUUGUGGAUGAGAUUCGAUUCGACAGCACGAUUGAUAACCCUAGCUACUUCGUUGACCCUUACCGGACCCCUUCCGACGACGCCAGUGGGUAUGUCCUGGCCGGUCUGCUAGGGGCUGCGAACCUUACCCGGUCCCAUGCGGACCCAAACGCUCGGGAUGGCGUUAUGGUUUGGCAUGCUCGACGGAAGCCGAUGGCCAAUGGGACGACCUCCGCCGACUGGGAAACUCGCCUUAUCUUCGAAGAUGACGGAAGUAAUAUCCACACCGGCAGCUCGGCUGUUAUGGUCCCAACUGAUUCGGCCAAACGAGCGCGACUGUUUGUAACAGGCUUCGCUUCGGAAAACAUCGUUGCAGUCGAGGUGGAGCUCUAG